UCAGUUCCAAUAAGUUGUUGUGUGAUUCACAUUCAUUCAUCCUUUUGUACUGAAUUUUUCUAAUUCAUUUCUUCAAUGUAUAAUUGAAUCAAACGCUUCAGUGUUUUUUUUGUUUUAAUUCCACAUUUUGUUGUAAUUAGCGGACAGUUUUGUGUUCUAAUUAAUUGAAACAAUAAAUUCUUUUCAUUAGCUCAAAAGUAAUUUGUGUUCGAACAGAGCAACUACGAAAAAAAUGUGAUAUUUUGUUCGACGGCGCAGCGUAUAGUGCAAUAUUGAAGAAUUCUUUUGUGUGUUGCCAUCAACAAUGUUCUCCUAAAGGAAAACAACUUACUUUUGUAUGUUGUGUCUAAGUUAAAUUAAAAAAAUUCCAUUCAAAGAAUUUCAUUCUGGAAUUCCAACAUAAAGACUGAACCGAACCACAUUAACAUCGAAACAGACAAAACAAUUUUUUCUUUGAAAUUUCGAAAAUAUGGAAGCAAGAAAUCGUGAUCGCAUACGGGAUCCGCGUGAAGAGAUUUUAUUGGAAACUAAUUUUGAUGAUGAUGGCGUUAUGACUAGAGCUUACAAUAAUAACAAAGUAAAUCACCGACGCAGCGUCUAUAGGUCAGACUAUUCCAUUGAUCGUUUCUCUGAAGCAUCGCUACAUGGAAAUAAUCAUAAGUCAGGCAACUGCUGUAAAUCAUGUAUGACCCGCAUCCCCUACGCAACAUUAAUAGCCACCGUAAUGUGCCUACUUGGUGUGGGCAUAUUCUGUGGCACAAUGUAUCGCGGUGCGUCGCUGACGAUCAUCAUGCUGGAUCAAGUAUUUCAUCUGAGGCUGUUGUGGAUUGAAGCGGUACAAAUGAUUUUCGUUGUCAUCGGUGCCAGUAUGGCUGCACUUGGUUUUAUGAUACUAUUUGUCGGAUGCCUGGCUACCGGCUCGACGCGGUAUAAAGUGUACAGAGCUUGGCGAUCGAGAGUUGGCGGAAGGAUAUCGUGCGCUGUGUUUAUGGGCAUUACGUACGUGUUGAACAUUGUCUGGAUAUUGAUUCUAUGCUUCUUGGUUGUCGUUACCUUUGUCUACACAAUAUUUUGGAAUCUAUGCUCGGAAGUGAGCAUCGAAACGAACCGACGAUGCAUAGACUUGACACAGUUCCACUUUAUGUUCCCGUACGGCACCCGGGACGAGGACAUGAAAAUCUGCGAAAAAUUCGAAGUGAAAGCAUUUUGUAAGGACGGCGUCGAGAAGGCCGAAGUGAUGUUCAUACUAGCAACGGUAUCGUGUUUGUUGGUGAUACUCAGUAUGGUCCAUUACCUAAUGUGUCUGGCAGCUAAUUACGCACACAUUCGCGAUCACGAAAAGUUCCAAGAACUGCAAGAAAUUCAAAAUUUGAACGAUAUGGAAUAUGUGGCCUCAUCCAAAGAUCGAUUUUGAACGAAACGGGGAAAAGAUCGACCGAACAAUCAUUUCAACAGCACAGCUAUACAUUCCAUCCGUCCAAUAUAGUUAAGGGAAAAUUUUUAGUUUUUUUUCAUUUUUUCGAUUUUCUUGAAUUUAAAAUGUUUCAAAGCUCAGUGAAACGGUUUCCUGCUUAACGAACGAUCGAAAAAGAAAUUCCGAAAUUUUCAUUCAUUCACCCAAUGUGUUUUCACACACUUUCAGCGUUACGCAACUAUUUUAACGUUUAAGAUUCAUUCCCAAAAUUCAUUCCAAAUUCAUUUUUAAUCUUUCGACUUUAAGCUAUAAAUUUAUCGAUUUUACUAUUUGUCGUCGGAAACGUUUCCGCUUUAGUAUUUAUGUUAUACAAAAUAUAUUGAACUAGACCUAAGACAAAUUUUUAACUUAGAACAUUAAGCGGCUAUUCGAAAGGAACAAGUAUUUACGACCGGAAGUAUAUAUAUUAAGACAAUAACAGGAGAACGUAUGAUCCAUUUGGCACUACUAUUUUUGAUAAAGCAUCAAAUAACGCACUUAUGACUAUUCUAAAAAAAAUCCCAUCGACACAAUUUGCCUCUCAAACAGCUGAACCACAUGGAAACUGCACACAAAUUAUUUCGUUAAGACCGUUAAAUUAAUGUCAGUCGAAUUUUAUUUGAAAAACUUUGUUUUAACAGACAAUCCUGUACACACACGUAGAUCAUCAUGAGAUGUAUUACUUGUCAUUUUAUGUGACCAUUUGUUUGUGGUCUUUUUUUUAUAUAAAAAAUGAAAUAAAAUGAAAUUUGCAAGGCAAAA